UUAGAGGGUCUGCACAGAAGUAGGUGGGGAAAGAAGGGGGGUCUCAAAUGCAUUGGGGAGGAAGUCCUCAAUGAAUUGGGGGAGCCUGUCUGGAGGAUGAAAAGAGGAGGUGUCCUGUUUUAUACCCCAGGAAAACAUAAGUGAGGGACACUGCACCGCGUCCCCAAGAGAGGAAGGUCUGGGUGCGGAACCCUCGGGCCGGGUGGGCCUAUGAAGCCAUCCGCGCCCACGAACUGCCCUCUAAGCGCAGGCCGGACCAUGGGAACCCCAAAGCCACGGAUCUUGCCCUGGCUGGUGUCGCAGCUGGACCUGGGGCAGCUGGAGGGGGUAGCCUGGCUGGACGAGAACCGCACGCGCUUCCGCAUCCCCUGGAAGCACGGCUUGCGGCAGGAUGCCCAGCAGGAGGACUUCGGCAUCUUCCAGGCGUGGGCCGAGGCCAGCGGUGCCUACACUCCUGGAAAGGAUAAACCUGAUCUGCCCACCUGGAAGAGGAAUUUCCGAUCCGCCCUGAACCGGAAGGAGGGGUUGCGUUUAGCCGAGGAUCGGAGCAAGGACCCCCAGGACCCGCACAAGGUCUAUGAGUUUGUGAUCUCAGGAGCUGGGAACUUCCCUGAGUCGGACACCUCUCCGGACGGCAAUGGCAGAUGCAGUACCUCGGAUACCCAGGAAGAUAUACUAGAGUUACUGGGUGAAAUGGUCUUGGCCCCAUUCCCAGAUGGGGGGCCCUCGAGCCUGGCUUUGGUCCCUGAGCAGACCCCUCCAUUCUUGCUGAGCCCCACCAUAGACAUCCCUGCUCCCUGCCCAAACUCGGAGCCCCCUGAAAACCCACUGAGGCAGCUCUUGUUGCCUGAGGAAGAGUGGGAGUUCGAGGUGACUGCCUUCUACCGGGGCCGCCAAGUCUUCCAGCAGACUGUCUUCUGCCCGAGGGGCCUACGGCUGGUAGCAUCAGAAGGAGGGGACAGGACGCUGCCCGGACAGCCAAUAAUACUGCCAGACCCUGGGGUGUCGCUAACAGACAGGGGCGUGAUGGGCUACGUGAGGCGUGUGCUGAGCUACCUGGGCGGGGGACUAGCUCUGUGCAGGGCAGGACAGCGGCUCUGGGCCCGGAGGCUGGGGCACUGCCACACAUACUGGGCCUUGGGCGAGGAGCUCCUCCCUGACAGCAGUCAUGGACCCAGCGGCGAGGUCCCCAAGGAUGAGGAAGGAGAUGUGUUCGACCUGAGGCCCUUCAUGUCAGAUCUGAUUGCCUUCAUUGAAGGAAGCCGACACUCACCACGCUACACCCUCUGGUUCUGCGUGGGGGAGCCAUGGCCCCAGGACCAGCCGUGGACCAAGAAGCUCGUGAUGGUCAAGGUGCUGCAGUCCUGGGCUCCUGGAGCUAAGGGGUGGAUCUUAACAAAGGGAGGAGGAACUACAACUCGCAGAAGCCCCUCUGAGGAACUACAACUUCCAAGAGUCUCUGCAACCACCAGUUCCUCAUCCCCAGGAGCUUCUAGGUGUCCCUCUCAGGGCCUCACCCCCAGACCCUGUUUUGAACUCUCAAAGCCAUGUGGAAGUCGGUGGACUACAAGUCCUAGCAGCCUGUGAGGAACUACAGCUCCUAGGAGUCCUUCUGACCACAAGCUGCUCAGCCCUAGCUUCUGGGAACCCCUCCAGCAUCUCAGCCCUAGGAGACUUCUCAGGCUGCUGGUGGUUGUGGUUAUGGGGAAAAGUACAGCUCCCAGCAGCCCUGGGCCUAAUGGUUCCUCCUGGGUUGUAGUGGGGGCUGUUGGGAGUUGUAGUCCACUCCACCCCACCCCUGCCAGUAAGUAGUGUUGAGUGUUUCCCCUGACUCCUGUUUCUCCCCCUACCUCCCGCAGGUUGUUCCCACAUGCCUCAGGGCCCUGCUGGACAUGGCACGGUC